AUGUCAGCUUACUUAUCGGCAGCUCCCCAACGACUGGAAAAAUUUCAGGCCUACGAGAUACGGCAGAUCCCGAGAUCAGAAAACAGCCACGCCGAUGCGCUCUCGCGUUUGGCUUCAGCAAUAAAUGACAAGAUCGGAAGAGAGGUACCAGUGGAGAUAUUAUCCCAGCCAAGCACGACAGCUACUGAGGUGUGUACCGUUCGGUACGAGGACACAUGGAUGUCUCCGAUCUAUGCUUUCCUGACAACCGGAGUCCUUCCGACCGAUAAGUCCCAGGCUCGGAAACUCCGGUACCGAUCGGCAAGAUACACGGUCAUCGACGAUGUUCUGUACAAGUGA